AUAUGCAGAACGCAGCUGACAAUCGGACAUCGAAAACAAAACCCUCACAAAAAUGCUCAGCUUCGGUGCUCCGUCCACCACCAUCACCGCCUCAACCGCCGUAACUAGCCGUGUUUCUCCGACAACAUAUUCUCUCCUUCCGUUUACUGUUUCUCCUUUGUCUGAUUCUCAGAGAAGUAGCAAUUUUUGCUUCCAACAGCUAUUAAGCUGUUCAUCACGUUUCAAUUGUUAUCGAAACAAGGCUACUGCAGAAGCUGCUGAAACCAUGGCCGGCUCUAUCGCCUCUGCAUCUGGAAGUAAGCAGGCGUUAAUUUCAUUGUCAGACAAGAAGGAUCUGGAUCUUCUUGCCACUGGACUUCAAGAAUUGGGAUACACAAUUGUGUCAACUGGAGGAACAGCAUCUGCUCUGGAGAAAGCUGGAAUUUCUGUAAGAAAAGUUGAAGAGCUUACCAAUUUCCCUGAAAUGCUUGAUGGUCGUGUAAAAACUUUACAUCCAAAUGUACAUGGAGGUAUUCUUGCUAGAAGAGACCAAAACCAUCACAUGGAAGCUCUAGACAAGCACAAUAUCAGUACAUUUGAACUAGUUGUGGUAAAUUUAUAUCCCUUCUAUGAAAAAGUCACUUCCACCAAUGGAGUUACAUUUGAUGAUGGAAUUGAGAACAUUGAUAUCGGUGGCCCUACAAUGAUAAGAGCUGCAGCAAAGAAUCACAAAGAUGUCUUGGUUGUAGUUGACACCCAAGAUUACCCUUUAGUUCUACAAUUCCUCAAAUCCAACAAAGAUGACCAACAAUUUAGAAGAAAACUCGCAUGGAAAGCUUUCCAACAUGUUGCUUCUUAUGACUCUGCAGUUUCUGAGUGGUUAUGGAAACAAACUGAAGAAGAUAAAUUUCCACCUACAUUCACUAUCCCACUUUCUCUCAAGAGUUCACUUCGCUAUGGUGAAAACCCUCAUCAAAAGGCUGCAUUUUACACUGAUAGCAGCUUAUCUGAGUUUAAUGGUGGUGGAAUUGCAACAGCUAUUCAACACCAUGGAAAGGAAAUGUCAUAUAAUAACUAUUUGGAUGCGGAUGCAGCUUGGAAUUGUGUUUGUGAAUUUGAAAAGCCAACUUGUGUUGUUGUAAAACACACAAAUCCUUGUGGAGUAGCUUCACGUGAUGAUCUUAUUGAAGCAUAUAGGUUAGCUGUAAAAGCUGAUCCUGUGAGUGCUUUUGGUGGGAUUGUAGCCUUCAACAAAGAAGUUGAUGAGGCUCUUGCUAGAGAUAUAAGAGAAUUCAGAAGCCCAACAGAUGGUGAAACUAGAAUGUUCUAUGAAAUUGUUGUUGCUCCAAGUUAUUCCCAAAAAGGUCUUGAAAUCCUACGUGGAAAGUCAAAGACUUUGAGGAUUCUAGAAGCAAAGAAAAAUAAAAGUGGAAAGCUCUCACUUAGACAAGUGGGUGGUGGUUGGUUAGCUCAAGAUUCCGAUGAUUUAACACCCGAAGAAAUCAAAUUCGAUGUUGUUUCCAAGAAGGUUCCGGAAGCUUCCGAGCUUAGUGAUGCUAAAUUCGCAUGGUUGUGUGUCAAACAUGUCAAAAGCAAUGCAAUUGUAAUAGCGAAGGAUAAUUGUAUGUUGGGUAUGGGAAGUGGGCAGCCGAAUCGUUUGGAGAGUUUAAGGAUUGCUUUAAGGAAAGCCGGAGAUGAAGUCAAAGGAGCCGCUUUGGCUAGUGAUGCCUUUUUCCCAUUUGCAUGGAAAGAUGCGGUUGAGGAAGCAUGUGAAAGUGGGAUUGGUGUAAUUGCUGAGCCAGGUGGCAGCAUAAGAGAUGGCGAUGCGAUUGAUUGUUGUAAUAAAUAUGAUGUUUCACUUGUGUUAACUGGUGUGAGGCACUUUCGACAUUGAGGGGUAAAAAUGUAAUUUAAGUGUGUUGACUUGGACCAAGAAUCGAAAAGAUUUUGGUGUUUUAAGUGUACGAGGCUAAGAGCUGUGUUGAGCUCCAUGUACGGGAUUUUCUGAAGAUGUACUAAUCAUAAUAAUGGGUGGAUUUUUUUUAAUA